UGAUCCACCGGGCUGCCUAAAUAUCUUAGAUUGGCGAAGCACUUCCAUCUACCUUCACAAUGACGGAGGCACACCCCCAUUUUAUUGGAACCUAUCUCGUUGCCUCGAACAACGAACAUGCACUCGCCGACGAUUGCCAUACCCUCACGGACAAGGACCACCCUCGCAAGACGGAUGUGCACCGCAGGCUCAUCUUCAUUUGUGAUGGAACGAGCAACAACCCAAUCAAGGACGCCGGCGUUGACACGACGAACCCCGGCAGGAUGGCCUCCAUGUUCCUAAGUCGGUCAGACGGCCCCCAACCAGCCGUACCCAACAACGUGGUCCAAAACAAGCAUGAUAAUAGCAAAGUCUGGGAACAGAUCAUCGUCAUUCAACCUGGGCUGGGGAACGACGGACGAGGACACAAACACUUGGAUCUGGCGAGCGCCAGGCACAUCGUCCCGAUCGUGGUGUCCUUGGUUCGGGCCGCGUCUCUUUUCAACCUCAAAGUAGGGGAUGCAAUCUCCCUCAUCGGCUUCUCCCGCGGCUCGACGACCGCAUUGAUAUUGAUGGCGAUAUUUGCCCGCUGGGGUCCCCUGGACAUGGAUAAGUUCCGGGCGAUCCACCAAGAACCAUACAAGAGAGAUGGCGUGAAGGGCGACGUGCUCGACACCGCUAUCACGGAAAUGGUACAGAAGUUCAUCAUCUGCAAGGGCUCGGGGGCAAUCCCUGCCCCGUUUGACGGCUUCAUUGUUAAAAACAUCAAGAUUGACUUCGUUGGCGUUUACGACCCUGUUGCAUCACUCGGAUUCCCGGAUGUCGGCGGAUUGGACAGCCAAAAACACACUCUUGAUUUCGUCUUGGAUCUUGACGGCCUCUCCACAAUCGGGCAGGUGGCCGUGGCCGUCUCGGACUCGGAGCACCGGGAAAGCUUUAAGCCGUUUCUUCCGCACAAGAGUGCCGCCGCAACGAACGCGAACACGACAAAGCUUUCUAUUACCGUCUUCCCGGGGUACCAUACAUCGAUUGGUGGAGGCGCCGGCAUCCACGACCCAGUGCAGUCGCUCACCUUGGUUUGGAUGACCGGGCACGCCAUCGAUGCCGGGCUUCAAAUAAACGAAAACGCCCUGAUCGACAUGGCCCUCCCGGCUUAUGGUUUCACGCCCAAGCAUAUGCUCAACGAUUCAAAGAAAGGCUUUUUCAAGGCUGGCGGCGACUUCCACAGAUUGGAAUUUGGGCCGGUGGCCAAGUGGCAUCCCAGCAUGAAGCAGCCGAGAUUUACAGAACUCACACAUGUCAACGAGCUGCCCAAGGAGACCACCGACAAGAAGGACAAUAAAGGUCACGAGACGUGGUUGAGUAACCCUGCCAAUGAGGACCAUCUGUCUACGCUAGAGGUCAAGUUCAACGCCGAAAGAGAAGGCUUCCUCAACACCAGACUGGCGCACUUGAAGAGUCACCUGGCCGAGAUAGGGCUGUACGACUAUCUCAGGCACGACGAGAACGGCAUAAAAGUGCGGACGGUGAAACAAGACGGCGCUGCGCUGCACGCAUGGUGGAAGGAGCUUGGAGAUCACCCGAUUGCCAAGAUACUCAAGUGGGGUGUGACAUUCAACGAGGAGGAAUACAAUGCGACCAAGGCGAAUGUCAUGGAAGAUAUCAAAGCGAGUGAGGUGAGGGAGCAGGCUUACCUUGACGCGGAUAUAUCAAAGGAGCACUACGACUCUAUUUGGCAGCACGCCGUCGGCGCGUCCUUGCAGGAGCUCCUUAAACUAGCACAUCGUGGUAUUCCUAUCAACAGGGUCCCGAGGAGGCUGCCUAUGGCGUAAUUUAACCCGUCGCCCGAGUCUUGCGGCUAUAUUUCGACACGCCGCGGCGCUCCCU